AUGACUGCUUAUGGGCUGCAUUCGUCUUUGCGCUUGCUGUGGCCACUGAUGGCGGCCCUGCAGGUGGUGCUCGGACGGACAGGUCUGCAGCUGGCGGCGGCCGCGGAAUCUGAGCGAUCCGUUAGCAGGGCUGCCAUCAAAGCGACGCUUCUGAAACGGGGGCAGGCGGGUGAAACUGUCACUCUCGAAGGGGUUUUCGCCGGAGCCAGCGUGAGGGGUUCAGCAGAGGGAAAGCUAAUGCAGGCCCAUCCGCUGUCCCUGUGCAACACCAGCGAGGAUGAGUUACAGGACAGCAUCUUCAUCAGCAUCGUCAAGCUGGAGAGCCCAGAACACAAGGUUCUCUAUUGCCUGCCUCUACUGGAGAAGGCUCGGCUUGCUCUGGAAAGAGGGGCUCAGGCAGUCAUCUUUGAUGUCACUGAUGAUGUCACUGCUGCAGAUGAGCUCUGGGACGUUGAUAUUCUGCCCCGACCGGUGGUUCUGGUCCAAGCCAGGAGUGCUGAAGUUCUGAUGAGCCUGGUCAAUAAGAAUGAAGAAGCUACGGUCCGAAUCGAGCUCAUGACUGAGCUUCCCAAGUGGCCCCAGUAUGACCUGGGCAUCCUGCUCAUUGUGGUCCUCACCAUGGUGGCCCUGGCCAUGGCAUUUGUCUUACGCUUCCGCUGCAGGUCCAAGAGGAGCUGGGUCUCUGUCCGCCAACAGACUUUACGUGCUGUCAGCAGUCUGGAGACGCGCAGUUACAGCUCCCAGAGGUACCCUGGGAGUCUCCGCCCAGGGGGGGCCGGGGCCAGCUCUAGUACCACCCCUGGCUGUGCCAUCUGCUUGGAAGAGUUCUUGGAAGGGGAGGACCUGCGGAUCAUUUCCUGUGCGCAUGAGUUCCAUAAGGAGUGUGUGGACCCUUGGCUGCUACAGCAUCGCACCUGUCCCCUCUGCAUGCACAAUAUCAUGGGGGAGGAGAUGGCUGCCUCCGAGGCGGCCCUGAGCAGAUGGCAGCAGAACACGCCCCACACUCCGGGGAUCCUACACCCCAUUCCCAGUCCCGAACACCAGCCCCUCCAUCAGUUCCCAAUCCCGCCCCCUAUUCCCUCCCGCCAUCGCCCUCUGCUGGGCCUACAGGUGAUGCAUGGUCUUCCCAGAAUGCGCCUGGGUUUGGAGCAACCCCACUGCAGUUGCCACAUGCCGGAUAGCGACUUUCCCACCGAUGGACACACCAGGCGUGGCUAUGCGCACCGCUCCUGCUACAUCUGCCCUGGGGUCUGUAGCGCUCUCAGCACCCAUCCCCAGCCCCGACCACCUCACGCUGGGCCACGCAGCCGGCGGGAAGACGGCCGCUGUCCCGGGGUCGGCUGCCACCCGGAGCACAGCGGUUACCUCGCCGACGGGCCAGCCGGCGACUCCGUCCCCGACUCCCACAGCUCCCUCAGCAGCGACUGCAACCCCUGGGUGUACUGCAGCCCGCUGCGUGCUCGGGCCCGGAGCCAGGACGAGGAAUCGAGGGCUCCGUCUCUGGACUCUGUGCAAGUCUACAGCGGCCUGGAGGAGCUCGUGUUCAGCCACGUCCACCGCCACCAGCACCAGCACCGCCAUUUCCCCCUCAGCCAGGGGCCACAGCACGCUGCCCCGGAUCCGGUUACGGACAAGGACCAGAUCAAACAGAAAGGGGUCCAGUGCGCGAAAAGAGACCCUCGAGACACGCGAAACCACAGGACAGAGGAGGGGGACAGCCCCCCUGAGAGUGUGAACUUCCAGAUGGCUGCACCCCCCGGCUGCCCCCACACCACCAGACGCCACCAGCGGAGAGGAACGGUCUUCUGCCCGCUGGAAGACCAGGGCCUGGAUUCACUAGAAGACUGCAACGGGCCUGUCCAUCGCAGCAAGUGCACGGGCCGCUGCCCGAGUCUGGAGGCCCCUUCAGGACUGCCUGUGCCUUUCCGCCUGGACCCUGGGGACUCAGGGGGGUGGCCACCGCUACGGAAGUAA